CGGCAAUAAUUGGAGAUAAAAUAAUAACACAUCAAAAGUUCACAAUUCGUCUUAAAUUAUGCAAUAACAAAUAGGAGAUAACACGGCAUUUAUCGCAGAACAAUAAAGAUACUCGUUAAUCAAGUGUAUUCCGGCAAAUUAUGAACGUGAAUGCCGAAAGCCAGCUUUAGCUUUUUUUAGAACGAAAUCAAUUGUAUAUUAUCGACACAGAGCGACAGACAACAGGCACAAAACUAGGUUAAAGUAUUUGAAUUUGAAGGUGAAAAAAGCAUUUCGUGUGUGUGUGUUUGUGUUUGUACGGAGGAAAUUACAUUGAAGGAUAAUGUCGUCGGUGCCGGCUGCUGUUUACACUGUUUCCGAACUGCAAAAGGAAUUUGUCGAAUUGAGUGAGGAAUUCAAGGAACUUGAGACCGUCAACCAAGAAUAUUUGGAGUUGCUGGAAGGACUCGAGGAUCUACAGACAAAAUGUACAAAGAACAUAAAUCAUCAGCGAUAUCGCAUAAAUGAAAUAUCCAAAAAUUUAAAAAUAAACCAGAAGAAGGCAAAGACUGUGGAAGACAAACAAAACAUUGCUCAGUUAGAAAAUAAAUUGUUGAAACGGAAGGCGCAACUCAACGAAAUUGAACAAAGUCUGCCGAAGAAAAAUAGUUUAUACUUGAAGAUCAUACUCGGCGAUGUGAACGUCUCGAUAUUAAAUCGCAACGACAAAGUGCGGUACAAAGAUGACUACGAGAAGUUUAAGCUGAUCCUCAACGUCAUCGGCUUGGCAAUGUCAUUUUUGAAUUUGAUAUUUAACAACAGGGCAUUGGAACUUGCAUUUAUAUUUUUGUUGGUAUGGUAUUACUGUACUCUGACAAUUCGCGAAUCAAUUUUGAAGGUUAAUGGAUCACGCAUCAAAGGAUGGUGGCGUUUGCAUCAUUUCAUCUCUACCGUAUCUGCAGGCGUUUUACUCGUAUGGCCUCAAGGAGAGACAUGGCAACUGUUUCGAUUACAAUUUGUGUAUUUUAAUGUUUACAUAAGCAUAGUUCAAUACCUGCAAUUCGGUUAUCAAAAGGGACUUUUGUAUCGUUUGAAAGCUCUUGGCGAACGACACGAUAUGGAUAUUACUAUCGAGGGUUUUCACUCAUGGAUGUGGCGUGGCUUGAGUUUUUUGUUGCCCUUCCUUUAUGGCGGAUACGUUUUUCAAGUAUAUAACGCAUGGACUUUGUACAAGUUAUCAUCGCAUCCGGAGGCAUCGUGGCAAAUUCCCGUGCUUAGUUUAUGUUUCUUCAUUCUAUUUGUCGGAAAUACCGUUACUACGAGCAUGACAGUGCCACAAAAGAUGAAAGGCAAAAGCAAGGAUCGUUAUCGACUCAUGUCUCUGUCGUGGGCACUCAAAAUGCGACAACAGAUACGGGGAGACAAGAGCGAAAGAACACGCACUGAUAGCGUCUCCGUAUCAUCGCAACCCCAAUCAACCGUCAACAGUAACGCACCAAGUCCAACAACACCUGACUUACCCGUUUUUCCUGAAAUUUCGGAAAACGCAAAAGACAAAUAAUCAUUCAACUAAAACUUAACAAAAUGAAUAACUUAUCAUCCAGUGGUAGAAUUUUCGUCAUAGCAGUAUCGAAAUAAUGGGUUACCAAUUAAAUGUUUGACUUUUACGAAACAAAUCAAUUUGUUUAUAAAAAAAAAUAAAGGAAAAAAAAUCAGUGAGAAACGCAUGAAAUAAGACUUUAAAAAGUUGGAGAAAAUUUAGAAUUUAAGUGUUAAAUUAACUUUUAAGAUGAAAAAAAGUGAAAUUUAAAUCCAUUUUUGUGUGUAAUGUAAAUAAAUCACAACCUAUUUAACAUCAGAAAAUCUCACAACUUUACUUAUUCCUUCGAAUAAAAAACGGUUUUCUGCGGAUUCGUGACAAUAAUUUUGAAAUCACGUACUAUUGACCCAGAAUUAUUUAUUUAUUGUAUCAAC